AUGGCGGUUGCCUCGCCGCGGCGCAGGUGGUUGUACGCGUCGUGGUGCGCCUUUCUCUGCCUGCUGCUGCUCUCCUUUAUCGCGACGGCGGUGGCGCCGUUGACAGGGCCGACAAAGGCGGAGUAUCUUGCGGAGCUCGACACCCUCAUUGCAAGGCUCAAGAUGCAAGGCUGUAGCAUCAUGGCGGAAGGCGUGUCGACCUUCAAGGGGCAAGUCGAGCAAGUCCCUGACAUUUCCUUCUCCGCAGGCUACCAGCAGCUAACCUUCCUCGCACCGUCCGACUUUUCUUUCGCAAAAGCAGCUUUUCGGCCGAAAGUCUCUGCGGUUGAUCGCGCAGAGAUUGUGAAGUACCAUACCUUAUCAGGGCUCUACAGCUUUGCGCAGCUUAAAGCCCUGCCCAACCGCAGCAAGAUACCCACUGCAGCGGGGAAGAGCAUAAUGAAGCACAGCGUGCGGGCCAGCUGGUAUUGGAAUCCGGGGACGAGUGUGGCUCUGAGCAGCCCGGGAGCGCAGCAGCUGUUUUGGGCGCAGGUGGACACGAGGAAGCUGUUCAAUGGCAAGUAUGUGAAGGGGCAUGUCAUUGACUGCGUUCUCGUUCCCAACUGA